AUGGCGGCCGGACCGAUCACCGAACGUAAUCAAGGUAAGAUUGAAAUCCAAUUUUCAACUAGUAUUUAUACAGUAGUUUUAGAUUAUUGUUCAUAUCAGAUAGACUAACAUAUGUGAUUUAUUAAUACGUUGCCUUUUUGCUCUGUUCGCAUCGUGCGAACGAAUUAUGAGCUGUUUUGCUUUAUGAUGUAUUUGUUCAUGUGCUGACUGCAGUCACUGGCAGUCUGGCACAAAACAAUUUGUUAUUUGCUUCUGAGUACUGUAGUGUAAGCAGCAUUUGGGCACCGCAGAUCUCAUUAAAAACUGUCGAUUUGUUAUUUGCACAGUCUAGGUGCAAAUAUGUAUAUAUGUAUGAUGUAUACAGAUUUAUACAGUAUACCGUGUAUAUAUAUUAUAUAUAUGAGGAGUCUACUAGGCUCUCUAAACAUUGGGUAAAUGUCAGGAUAUGUAACUAACUUUACAGGGUUUUGUAGAUGGAAAUUUCACGUGUGAAUUUAUACAUUAUUAGUGUCAGUAAAAUGCAACUAUAUUGGCCUUCUGGAAGAAAUCAAACCUGCGGCACUCAGGCACUGCGAUUUCAGUGCAUUCCAUUCAGGGACGCCGGAACGAUGUGAAGGCAAGGGGUUGACAACCUCACGUGCGUUCUUUGAGGGUGACGUCAAUACAAUUGGAAAGCGGUUUUCCACAAUAAGCUCGUAAUAUCUUCGUAAAAUCUUUGUAACAUGUUCGUAUAAAUUAAUUUAAUUAAUAUUUAUCACUUAUUUACUGAGACCGAGGGAAACAGUGUGUUUUGUGGACCCGAGACCGUCAAUGUUUCCCGAGGCGAAGCCGAGGGAAACAUCGACGGUCGAGGGUCCACAAAACACACUGCUUUCCCGAGGUCUCAGUAAAUAAGUCAAAGAAACAACAAAUUAAAGAACAAAUGAACGUAAAUACAUGAAAUAUUUUAUUGUUAAAAUGUUAUAUUAAACACUGGCUACACUGCAGUUACUUAAAGCGAAUGUUUUAAUUACGUACUAGGCACUCGCCAGUCGAUAACGUAUUAUCUCCCUCUCGCGCUGUUGCGAGGGAGACAGCCUAAUUUCGUCACUCUCACGUGAUAUGCUCUCAACCAAUAAAACGCUAGAAAAAUGCGACUUUGACUAUUGAUAUAUAAUAAUUAUUGUUAUUAACCCUUAAAACGUGACAUGAUUUUUCGAUUUUCACUGACCGAUAACUUUGAUCCUAGUUUGAAUUUUCCGAAUUUUUAGAAGCGCUAUAACAUUUUGAGUUAUUUGGUCCACAUGUCUUCCAAAAUUUUCUCUCAUUAAUUAACUUUCAAAAACUAAAAAAUUGCGUCGUGUUGUCGAAUCGUGUCCAGUGUGUCUGGACAUUAACCCUAACCUAACCCCCUAACCUAAGCUAACUGAAAAGGGUAAAAACUUGUAAAAACCACGACCACGAAGAAAAAAAAAGUUUAAAAAAAUUAAUAAAAGUAGCGGUGUGAGCAGAAUUCGAUCCCUAAGCUAUCACAUAGAAUGCGGGCGCCUAAACCACAACGCUAUGGAGGACUUGCUUGAAAGUCCUCCACGUGGGCACCAAUAACCUCGCUUCUGAAGAGCCAGAAGAAGUGGCAUCUAAGAUGGAUGGGCUUAUCAAAGACCUCAAAGAUCACGCCAAGAAAAUUGCCAUCUCAAGUGUAAUUAAAAGGUAUGAUAACCAAGUUCCAGCUAGCAAGAUAACUCGUUUUAAUAUCCUUGUUAAAAACUUAUGCAUGAAACAUAAUACCACAUUUUUAGAUAAUGACCACAUUGACAGGUCGUUACUAAAUCGCUCUAAUUUGCACUUAAACAAACAAGGUGAUAGGGUGCUAGGGAGUGUUUUCUGCACAUAUCUGAAAUCGUUUAGAGUAGGUAAUAACAGGCAGUUUUUUCAUCAAGUUCAUGGACAUCGGAACAGAGAAUGGACAAUGUACUUGAAAUAUGUGAAUCAAAUAAUGAAGAAUUAGAUAGUCCUAUUUCCGUAAACAAUGUGAGUAGCGAUUUUUUCACUAGCCUUAAUUCCAUUCCCAAUGAAAGAAGUUUUAAAAUGGCUUUUCUUAACAUUGUUAGUUUGCCAAAAAAUAUUGAUGAAAUAAGGUAUUCAAUGUCAAACAAAUUCAUUGAUCUUAUUGCUUUCAAUGAGACUCGCCUUGACUCAAGUAUAACUAAUGGUAUGAUUCACCUUAAUGAUUAUGAUAUUAUUAGAAAAGACAGAUCAAGAAAUGGAGGUGGAGUUUGUAUCUACUUGCGUAGCUCCAUCAACUAUAUUAUAAGACAAGAUCUAAUUCCCUCUGAAUUGGAGGCUGUCUGUGUAGAAAUUAUUAAGCCACACAGUCGACCAUUUCUUGUUACAACCAUUUAUAGACCACCCAAUGCAUCAUCUGAAUUCUUUGAUCAUUUUGAAAAAUUAAUUAAAGCCAUUGAUGAUGAAAAUAAAGAAAUGUAUAUUCUGGGUGAUCUAAACUGUGAUAUGCUUAAAACAGACAAAGAUUCAAAUUCUCCAACAAAGAAAAUCAAAACAUUGUAUGAGUUGUAUUAAUUGUUACAAUUGAUUGAUGAAGCUACCAGAGUAACUAUGACAACCUCUAGUCUUAUUGAUCAUAUAGUCACCAAUACACCAGAGAAAAUUUCUGACUCUGGUGUUAUCCAUACUGGAUUAAGUGACCAUAGUUUGGUAUUUGCAAUAAGGAAAAUUUCUGUUGUUAAAAAACAAGAGAAGAAAGUUGAGAUAAGAAAUAUGAAAAAAUUUUAUCAUCAAAAAUUUGUUGAGGAUCUGAGGCAACAACCCUGGGAAAAUGUAUACUUCUUCGCUGAAGAUCCUAACGCUAUGUGGGAAAUUUGGAAGAAAUUAUUCGUAGAGGUCUUGGAUAACCAUGCACCACUUCAACAUAAAAAUAUUAGAACAAAAAAAGUUCCUUGGAUUACAAGUGCUAUAAAGCAACUUAUAAUCACAAGGGACAGAUUAAAAAGAAAGGCCAUUAUUACAAACCUAGAGAUAGACUGGUUAAAUUACAAAACAACGAGAAACAAAGUUAAUAUUCAGCUAAGAAAUGCUAAAAAAAUUUAUUACUCCACUAAAAUUUCUGAUCAAAAAUGCAACCCUAAAGAGGCUUGGAAAACUAUAAGCGAUAUACUAGGUAGGCAAAGCAAACCAACAGUAGUAAAUGAGUUAAAAUUAGGUGAAAAUAGUUUGACAAAUACCAAAGAUAUUGCGGAAGGCUUUAAUAAUUAUUUUUCAAAUAUUGGCCCUGAUCUAGCUAGCAAAAUUGAUACUCCAAAUUUGAACUUUCAAACAUAUAUUGAAAAGACUAAAUCAGAAUUCAGUGCAUUCCAGCCAGUCACUGUCAGCAAUGUCUACCAUCUUUUACAUGGUCUUUCUAGCAACAAAGCCACUGGCGUUGAUAAGAUCUCCAGUAAAAUUAUUAAAAUAGCUGCACCUUCUAUUUCAGAUUCACUCACAUGUAUUUUCAAUCAAGCUAUUAUCCUAUCCCUUUUCCCUCACGAAUGGAAAACGGCUAGAGUAAUACCUCUCUAUAAAAAUGGCCAACGAAACCUGCCAGGAAAUUACAGACCAAUUUCAAUUCUGCCUGUCAUUAGCAAAAUUAUGGAACGAAUUCUGUACGAUCAGCUAUACAAUUAUUUAACCAAAUUUGAACUUCUGAGUGACUGUCAAUUCGGUUUUCGUAAAUUUCACUCUACAGCUACAGCAUUACUUGACUGUACAAAUGAUUGGUAUAUGAACUUAGACCGCAAAAUGUUUAACCUGGUAGUCUUAAUUGACUUAAAAAAAGCAUUUGAUACUGUCGACCAUCAAAUAUUAUUGAAAAAAUUAGAGCUUUACAGAAUAAAAGGACAAGCUCUGUCUUUUCUAGAAUCAUAUCUCUCAAAUAGAAACCAAAAAUGCCAAAUACAAGGAUCUGUUUCAUCAGAGAAAUUGAUCAAAUGUGGCGUACCACAAGGCUCUAUUUUAGGGCCCCUAUUUUUUCUGUUAUAUAUUAACGAUUUGCCUCAAUGCCUGGAUAAAACAAAACCUCGGUUGUUUGCUGACGAUACAAACCUGACAGUUUCUGGAAACUCUAUUACUGAUCUUGAAACUGCAGUGAAUUCUGAUUUGGAAAAACUUAGGAAAUGGCUAAUUGCCAAUAAACUUAGUCUAAAUGUUGCUAAGACUGAGUUUAUGUUAAUUGGUUCAAAACAAAUGAUAAAAAAUAUUUCAAAUUUGCAACUAAAUGUGAAAAUUGAAAACGAGUCAAUUAAACAAGUUUAUGAAUCCAAAACUCUUGGAGUGACAAUUGACCAGCAUUUAUCUUGGAAAACUAACACUGAGAAUAUUUGCAAGAAAAUUACAUCUGGAAUAUCGGCUCUUAGGCGUUUAAAAGAAUUUGCUGAUAAGCAAACACUUCUUUCUGUAUAUAAUGCUAUUGUUCGCCCAUAUUUUGAUUACUGCUGUGAAGUAUGGGAUGUGUUUGGAGAAACGCAAUCAAAAAGACUCCAAAAACUACAAAACAGAGCUGCUCGGAUUAUUUUGAAUAUGAACAAUGACAUAGAUCACUCUGUUGCAUUGCAAGCAUUGGGUUGGAAGCCACUUAAAACAGAAAGGAAGAAAAGUAAAGCAAAAAUCAUGUACAAAUUAUUGAAUAAAAUGGGACCCAAAUCACUGAUUAAUCUCUUCACAUAUAAGGGUGAGGUGACAAACUACAAACUUCGGAACAUUUCAAGUAGUCUUUGUUUACCACAACCACGUACUAAUAAUAUGAAAAAAAGUUUCGUGUAUGACGGAGCACACCUUUGGAAUUCUAUUCCUAAAGAAAUAAGAGAGAACAAAUCCUUUUCUUCCUUUCGAAAGAAAAUCACUACUCACAUUGACUGAUAGCUAAUUAACAUAGAUGUUAAUAUUACCUGUAUAUAGAUUACUACCUUAGUUUGUUAGUUCAUAUAACACUUAUAUACUUUAUAAAAUCUUAUAUAAUUUUGUAAAUAGUUUUAAAAUUCUUUUCUGUAUACUUUUCGCACGCCCCUCGUGGAAAUCAGCUUCGGUUGACGGGGUCAGCGUGUUUAAAUAAAGUUUAUCUAUCUAUUUAUCUAUCUAAAGUCAAUUAAAUUUACGCGCUUUUUAGCCUUUUAUUUUUAACAAGUUUAAUGAUUAUGGAAAUGUGGGACCUAUAACCACUUCCAAAUAGCAAAUAUGCUCACCAAUGGUAAAAAUACAUCCCUGUGAGUCUGUGACCAUUUGACUGGCAGCCGGUCAGGUUUCGAAAUGUACUAAAUGACCGGCAGUCCAGUUCCUUUGUAAUUUAGAUUCUGAUCGUAAAUGAAUGAAUAUAACUACCUGUAAAUGGUGUGUUACCUGUAAAUUUCAGCGAUUGCUGCAAUAGACCCAUUGCACUGACGUCACAAUCCUUAGAGUGUCCUCCAGAUGCUCCCUAACAAUAUCUGUUCAGAUACAACAACCACAUACAGCGCAAAAAUUAACCAUUUUAAUACUAAAUUAUCAUAAAGUUUUACAAAAUUUGCUUUGUUUACAAAAGUUAUAAUAUGCAUAGAUUGGUAAUUUGUCCUCCAGAUGCAUCGUCACCGGCGCUGUGACGUCAUGUGCAAUGGGUCUAUAGUGUUGUGGCUAUACUGCUCUGAGACUAAGGAUAGCGGAUCGAAUCCUUGCCAAUAACGAUGAAUAAUUCAUUUAUACGGACAUGUUACGAAGAUUUUACGAUAAUAUUACGAGCUUAUAGUGGAAACCGCUUUCCAAUUGUAUUGACGUCAACUUCAAAGAACGUCCGUGAGGUAGUCAACCACUGAAGGCAAGGGGGGCAGAUUGUCGUGAAAGGACUGAGAUGAUGUUUGCAAAACAUCGGGAAUUGAACUUCGCCUAAUUAUGUUUUCAAAACAUCGGGAGUUGAACUUUGCCUAUUAAAUCAUGUUUUCUAUUUAUUGAAUGAUAGGGGUGUGAGGGGGUUCGCCACCAGGCGAUUGUUCUAUUCUUGAAGCUCAAUGACUGCAUUUCUUGCGUUUUCUGAAGCAAAUUCGUAAAAGAAUUGCACUAACAUUUAUGACAAUUCGCUAUUUCGCCAAGGUAUACCGAAUCGUUCCAAUAUACACUCACAAAUAAUUAAACAUAAAAACUUUAUUUAUAAAAGCUCGAAUAAUCAAAUUAUAACGACAUAAAGUUAAUGCUCACGAAUUAAAAUAACAAUGUAAUUUUCUCUCAAGUCUCAACAACAACAACACGAGUUCGUCACGUGAUCUAGUUCAGGGGGGUUCUAUCAACCUAAUUCCGCGGGGGGUUAACCCGCACACACUCCCCUAUAAAAAUGUCAAUUGUUCAUUUUUAUAUUACAGUUCUCUUCCUAGUCAAUUGUCUUCUUCAUCCAUCGCGAUAAUUUUAACGAGUUCUUUGGCUCUCUUUGCUGCAUCUCUGGUUGGUCUUUGAUCUCUGGUUUCCCUUUCGUCUUCUGCUUCGAGAUUGUCAGCUGGUUUCGUGGACGCUGGCUCACAACUUCGGAUCUCAAGUGGACAAACGAGUUGCAAAAGGCGUUCGAUGAUAUGCUCCUUGUAUUGAAUCAAAACUCCUCUUACUACCCCGUCCUUCCCUGUAACGUGAUUCACGACUUUCCCUUUCUUCCACUUUCCUCUGUUUUUCUCGUCUCCGACAACAAGCACGACUUCACCCAAUUCUGGAACCUUCGAUCUUUCCCUUUGUAUUCGAUGUGAUUCCAUCAAGCUAUGAAUAUAUUCUUUCUUCCAACGCGUACACGCAUGUUCUCGAGCCUUCUGUAGCCGUUUGUCGUACCGUGUUAGCUCCUCCUUCUCCAGAUCUUCAUCAAAUACAUACGAAUUUUGACCCCACAUGAUAGUGUUUGGCGUUAAGAUCCUUCCUUCGCCUAGUUCAUCCUCUACGUAGGUAAGUGGUCUAUUGUUUAAAUGACGCUCUACGUCCAUCAACACGGUUUCCAACUGUUCGAAAGUCAGGUGAGUUUUCCCUAAGGUCUUGUAUAAUGUCUUCUUUAUCUCCCUUAUCAGACGUUCAUAAAGUCCGCCCCACCACGGUGAUUUAGACAAGUUAAAUUGCCAUGUAAUUGACUGAGACGCUAAGUAAUCGUUCAGUUCUUCACUUUUCCUGAUCUUCUUUAUCCAAUUUGCGGUUGCUCGAAAGGUUGCUGCGUUAUCCGAUAUGAUUCUCCGUGGUCGUGUCCGUCUUGCUAUGAACGCGUUCAGUUUCUGUUGGAAUUCUUUAGCUGUCUGGGAUCUUGUAAGUUCUAAAUGCACCGCUCUUGAUGUUGCACAGGUAAAAAUUAGAACGUAAGCCUUGUCUUCCCUUUUCGAUGUCCGAUAAUAGAUUGGCCCUGCGAAAUCCACUCCGGUAUGCUCAAAUGGUCGACUCACUUCAGUGCGAAACGAUGGUAGAGCUGCAGUUUCUGUUGCUCCGUACGGCUUGGUUGAGAACACCUUGCACACGUUGCAGUUGUUUAUGUAUUUCUUAACCCGACUUCUUAAACGAGGUAUCCACCAUUCUUCUCUGAUACUGGCCAUAGUAUGAGCUACGCCAAGGUGGUUAUUCUUCUCAUGAACGUGUUGAAUUAACUUUGUGAUGAACUCUUCAUUCUCCAAAUAGAUCGGCUUGUAAUUCGCUAUUCGUCCUUCACAUCUGAGGAUUGCCGUGUCAACGUCCUUCGUCAAUUUAAAUUGUGGUUCACUCAAAUCUUCUGGAAUGUAUUUCUGGCUCCUCCGUACCAGAUGGUUUCUCGCGGUUAUCGUUUCAACAGUUGUCAAUGGACCGGAACGUUUCUUUUGUCCUCUCCGCUUCGCUAAGCUGUUGUCUGCAUACCGUAAUGCCCAAGCUACGACUCUGAUGGUACUCCAAUACGAGUGUCGCGCCAAUAGAUCGUCCCAUUCAUCUCGUUGGAUUUCAGUCACAUGGCCCACUAGCUCCUUUUGUGGUUUCUCUUCUUCUUCGAUUUGGGGUGUCUUCCUUAACAUUGGCUGAUCUGGCCAUUCGCUGACCUCAUCUAACCAAUCCGGCCCCGUAAACCAUCCUUCUUUGAUCAUUUUGUCAAUAGAUGCUCCUCUGCUCCCCAUAUCAGCAUGAUUCUGACCAGUCGGACAGUAUCUCCAAUCAACUUUAAUGUCCUUCGUUGCUUCGGCUAUCUUUCGCACGCGGUUGGCAACAAAGACUUUCCAUGGUCGCUCAGGAUUUGUUAUCCAGUACAAUGCAAUCAUACUGUCCAUCCAUAUUGUCACUGAAAGUAUAGGUAAAUGUCUCAACGCCUGACAUACGUUUUUCACCAUAUUCGCUGCCAUGUGCCCGCCGACCAAUUCUAACCGAGCAAUUGAAAGGUUUCGUUUCGAGAUUCUUGAUUUCGAACACAGAAGGCCUCUUAUCACACCGGUUUUCCCUUCGACUAGAGCAAUGGUUGCAGUAGAACAGGCAAGAUUGCUGGCAUCUGCGAACUGGUGGAUAUGGAUACCCUUCGUUCUUCUGCACUCUUUCAGGAUACUCCUCGGAACUUUAACAUUUCGCAAUUGUCCCGUCCAUCUGAACCAUUUUUGUUUCAGUUCUGGUGACACUUCUUCAUUCCAGCUGGCUUUCUCUUCGCAUAUCUCUCGAUAAAUGUGUUUGCCGGUUGCUAACGUUGGCGACAAGAUACCCAUGGGGUCAUAAAUGCUUCCCAGAUGGCUUAGCACAGUCUUUUUUGUUACUGGUUUACUUUGUGGGAACUCUGGCACGGUCACUUCCAGGGUGUCUUCUCGUUUGUCCCAACCAUGACCCAGAAUUUUACUCGGAUUAGGCGUGUCCUCCCCAUCCAACUCCUCGACAUUUGACUCCCAUUUGUGUAGGGGAAAUUUUGCGUCUUCCAGAAUACAAGUGGCUUCGACUUUGAACCUUUCCAAACCUUCGAUAUCCUCACUAACCGUCAUAAGAUUGUCUACGUAGGUAUUAUCUCUCAAAGAUUGAACGGUUUCUUCAUAGCAGGGUGGUUGCUGGUUGUAAUGAUGCUGCAAUGUCGCACCGAGAAUAAAGGGACUAGCCUCUGCUCCAAAGGGGACUCUGGUGAAUCUGAGAUGUUCAUCCUUGCCAUUGAUGUUGAAAAGGAAUCUGAAUGCAUCCCUGUCCUCCUCCUUUAUUCCGAUUUGGUGAAAAGCCUUCUGAAUGUCAGCAAGGAGAAUGUUGGUACACAUUCUUGUACGUAUCAUAAUGUCCCAUAAGUGUGGCAGUAGAGGGGGUCCAGUGUGCAUGCACUCAUUAACACUGCUUUCGAGGGGCUUUGGCUUUGCACUGGCAUCAAAUACCAUACGAAUCUUCGUUGUCGUUGCACCUUGUCUUAUUACAGGCUUAUGAGGCAUGUAGAAGAUUCUUUUCCCAGUUGGUUCCUCUGGGGCAAACUCGACAAUUCCUGUGUCUAACUGCUCUUCCACUAUCUCCUCAUAACCUUUGGAUAAUUCAGCGUCACGGCUUAAUCUCUUCUCGACAUUUCUCAGCCUGCGCCUACUCUGUUCUAAAUUAGUCUCUCUUAACUUACUUCCUUCGAUCCACGGAAUAUUAACUUCAUACCUGCCGUCUGCUUUCCUCGUAAUAUUUUCUGUAAACUCCAGCAGCACUUCAUCUUGGUCAUUCUCUUUCCGGUCUUCAAUUCCAAGAACAUCCAAACUGUAUAAUCUUUCGUAGUCCGCAACUUCAGUGGUAAACAGGCAUUCAUCCACUGGAUACUCACCACCAUGGAUCACCCACCCAAAUGUGGUUCCUUCGACGACUGGCUCGUUACUUUUCCCUUUAAAUAUUUCUUCCGUUUUAAUCUUGCAGUAAAGAUUGUCACCAAUUAUCAGAUCGAUUGGAUAUUUGUUGUCCCCCGUCACAUAGAAUUGUUUGUCCCUUGCAUGCGCAAGUUUCUCCUUCAGUUCACUAAUGGUUGGUCUCUGGAUCGUUGUGAAGUUCGGCAUUUGUGAUCCAGUAACUUCGAUAUUUUCCACUUGCUCCCCAUUAAUUGAAUGAAUCUCUACAUUAUAGACUGGUAGGGUUUGUUCCUUUGAGCCAUUAAGGGUCACAAUUUGUCGGACUUCAUGGCGUGUCGGCACCAUAUUUAACUUCUCCAUAGCAUUGCUUGAUAUAAAGUUCCUCCCUGACCCGGUGUCAAGGUAGGCCCACAGUGUUUCUUCCUGAAUUUUUACAGGAAUAAUGGGUGGAAGUGCUUCUUUGUUAUCGGUGUAUGCAUGCAAUACCAGGUCCGGAUUCUUCCUUCGGUCGCAUAAACUAGUGUGAUGUCUUCCUUGGCAUGUGUGACAUCCUCUGCUCUUACAAUUACUGGCUCUGUGGCCUGGAGACCCACAGUUAAAACAAAGCUUGCAUGCAACAAAGAAUGCUUUCCUCUUCUCCUUUGUAUCUUGGCUAGGACAGUUAUCAGACCAAUGGUUUUCCGCACAAAAUAAACAUUUUCUCUCCUUUGAUUUCUUCUCACCUUUCUGUGUCCACCACUGUCUCUCUUUUCCAGGGCUCUCUGAUGGCUUGGAUGUUUCUGCUGUCAUCUUGUUUCGCUUUAACCAUUGUUGAAGGUUGUCAAGUAAAUCUUUCAUGCACCAGCUUUCCCAUUCAUUAUCUGUGCGCACCAAAUCUGAUUUAAUAUUUGGCAGUUUAUUUGAUGUCGACAGUACAAAUCCCUUUAACAUAUCACUCUUUCCCAAAGUUUCUAGUGCAUCAAAACUUUGACUUGCUUUUUCAUAGAAUUCUUUUACUUUCUCAUAACUUGACCCCUUUACUACUGGCAAAUUAACAAUGGCAUCCAUAUGGGCAUUCACAACUAAUGUUGUGUGACCAUAGUCUCUCUUAAGUCUGUCCCAUGCAGUAUUAUACCCUGAUGUACUAGGCCUUAAAUUACUGAUUCUUUCUCGUACCUUUGGAUUGACCAUUUCUAAUAAAUAGGCAAAUUUCUCUUCGUCGCUUAUUGGUUUGUCGUGUACUUGCGUUGUGAACAUAUUUUCAAACCUAAUCCAAUCGGCUGGUGUGCCAUUGAAUGGAGAAAUUCGCAAUUUUGGUAAUUUUGCCUGUGUAGAUUUGGCCUUGUUUUCCAUUUCUAAACGUUUCUCAGUUGCUAUCAUUUCGUAUUUUAACUUUUCUUCGAAAAGUUCUCGUUCUUUCUCAUGUCUCUCUCGCCUUAAACGUUCGUCAAUUUCUUCCUGUCUGGCUCUGGCUUCGUCUUGUUGCCUCUCUACUCUCUCUUGUUGUCGUUUUUGUGCUUCGAUAGCUUUCAUUUCUUCGUCUUGUUUUAUUUCUUGAUCUCUCUCACGUAAAGCUUCGAUAAUCUUUUCUCUUUCCUCAAGUAACGUCGAAUAACUUGAUUUAACAUCGUUUCUCCACUGUCUCACGCCUCGAGGUGUCAUGUUAAGCUCUAUUUUUAACUCCACAGCAUUCAAUAUAAUAUCCGUUAAAGUUUCGCAAAUUGUCGCCGUUCUUUGCGCAACAAUCGCCAUUUCUUCGUAGUCUUUAGACUCUAUUAACUCAUCGGCUGGUUCUAGAUAAUAUUUCAAUUUAGAAAUCUCCUUCUUGAUACUGUUUUCCAUUCGCGAAAUGUCUUCGUUUGUUUUGAUCGCCUCCACUUCCGCCAUUGUACGCUCGCUUCCAUCGGUGGUUUCUACCAUUUUAAAUCGACUUUAAAUCCUGGUCACGGCACCAUUAUAUACCGAAUCGUUCCGAUAUACACUCACAAAUAAUUAAACAUAAAAACUUUAUUUAUAAAAGCUCGAAUAAUCAAAUUAUAACGACAUAAAGUUAAUGCUCACGAAUUAAAAUAACAAUAUAAUUUUCUCUCAAGUCUCAACAACAACAACACGAGUUCGUCACGUGAUCUAGUUCAGGGGGGUUCUAUCAACCUAAUUCCGCGGGGGGUUAACCCGCACAAAGGCAAUCCUUUAUAUCGAAAGGGCAUCUUUGCCCCCCUUACCCUUCCUGGUGAAGGGCAACGGGGGCGGCUGCCCCUCCUGUCCCCAUGCAGUUCCGGCGUCCCCGAUUCCAUUUCAUUGGCAUCACCAGGGCCGUAGCUAGUAGAGGUGUGCAUCGCACUGAAUUGGACGUUUAUAAUCCGACAAUUGGCUAAUUAAUGUUUAAAAUCCGAUCCGAAAUUGUCUAAUCCGAAUCCGAUCCGAAUUUUGAUAAAGAAUUCCGAUCCGAUCUGAAAAAUCCUUUAAUAAAAUAAAUUUCUCAUUCAAGUUGAAAUAUUUAACCAAAUAAAUAUAAAAGCAAGAAAUACAUGUCAAGAAGCUGACAAAGUGACAUCCAGUUGAAAUAUCAAACGAAUAAUGCAGCGACAACCGCGAUAAUGCUUUGAUAAAUGCAUGGAUAAUUAAUUCUUGCGAUACUGUGUGGAUAAUUAAUUCAUUUUAUUUCAAAUGUCGAAGUGAUCCGACUACGAAACAACUUUAUCAAUCCGAUCCGAAAUGUAUAUUUUUGUUCUAAAAUCCGAUUGGAUUGGAUUUGCACACCUCUAGUAGCUACCAUGUAUAUUCGACUCGAGUUGACUCGAGUCAGAGUCAAUGACUCGACUCAUUACAACACUGAUCUGCACUGAUAAGAAUUACCAGUUUUGAAGUUUCUAAAGGUUUCUUGAGAGAAUUGAGUCAAUUAUUGACCAAAUACAAACAAAGAUACCGUUACGCAUAUUUUACGCAUAGACAUAUUACAGAAGUAAUAAACCGAAAAACAUUUACCGAUUUAUGAUUUGUAAAUUGUUAUCCAUCUAAAUGCCAUGAUUUUGUAAAUCAGUUUAUAUUGUUUAUUAACAACUAAAAUUCUGUUAUACUAUUAUUGCCAUAAUUUUCCGAAUGGCCAACCCGAUUUUCCGAAUAUGUUAAUUCUAAAAAAGUUGGGGGGUUAACCACUCCCUCCGCAAAUACCCCCCUCGCUACGGCCCUGGGUGUCACUUUAGUAUAUAUAUACUGUAUAAAUGAACUUGCAGUUAGAGCUUGUCAAGUGGCCUCUGUAGCUCAGUUAGAGCGCUGCACCGCAAUCGAAGGGCCACAGGAUUGAUUCCUGUCAGUGGGCCAAUAGAGGUUAACUAGACAUGGACAGAUUGCCAAUGCACUUCUCUUGACAUGUAAAAUUAUCUGGUGUUACAGGUAGAUGGAGUAAAAUUAUACAGUAGGGUGCAUUAGGCGGCAAUGCAACUUAAAAGGCUAGGCACAUGGGCAGAUAGUCUGAUUAACAUUAGCAUUAGACAGAGCAAAAUAAAGUAGGCCAGUAGGGUGCAUUGGAGCACAAUCACUGAUCUGAAAUAAGACCGGAUAAUGCAUCUAUAGUAUGCAAAAGUGAAGCCGCCACCCGAUUCUGGGGCCCCACGUUUGUAUAGAUUUGUAUUACAGCAUGGUAGUUUUUCGUGUUUUUUGCCUUGGCUACGUUUCUGACCGGGCCAGUUUUACAAUCACAAAGAUAGAAGCAAUUCUAAUGCACCCUACAUGUAUUUAAUAUAUUUCACGCUAUCUAACAGCAGACAAUUUUACUCAUCUUGCACAUUUUAUGGCAUGCAUAUGGCCAUGCCUGGAUCCUUCACCGAAGUGUCUCACCUUUUUAUUUUCUUGACAUUUCAUAAUUCAGAUGCGACCAUAUAUGUUGGUGGACUUGAUGAGAAAGUCAGUGAGACCUUGCUUUGGGAGCUGUUCCUACAAGCUGGACCUGUUGGUAAGUUUGAGAAGUCCUGGUGAUGCACUGAUAUCAGUAUAUCUACCCCAUUGAAAUUAAUAUACAUGUAACUGGAAUGCUACCUUCAGACAAACUGCCUAUCUUUUUCUUGACGCAUGUUUAAGUCAUGGUUGACUGAUUGAGUGCUCUGCGCAUGCAUGAAAAGACUGGGACUGGCCUUGGAGGUAGCGUUCCAGUUCCAGUAUAUUAAAUUAAUUUCAAUGAUCUACCCUACAUUCAAAAUAUCAGUAUCAGCAUUUUUUGAGCUUGAUACCAAUAUUUUAUUAUAUAAUAAUAAAUUUAGAAAAUAUAUUUUAAAUUUAAAAAAUAUUUUGGAUUUUGAUUUCUUGUAACAGAAAUCAAUCAGGCGUAAAAAAAACCUGUGGUUCCGGUUCCCGACCGACCCUAUUUUUUUCUGCUGACCCUAUUAUUUUUUCUGUGUGACCCUAUUUGACUGUGUGACCCUAUUUUCUCUGGGUGGUUGCGGGCUGCUGCCAAAAUGGCGUAUGUUGUCACACUAUUUAUUGAAAAAAAAAUUAUUUCCAACCCUAAUUUUUUCCGACCCUAACUUUUUCGCAAUAUGAAACCGGAACCACAGGUUUUUUUUCACACCUCAGUUACAAUACCCUACAUGUACCUGUACAGUAAUGUGCUGUAUCAAAUAUAAAUUCAAUAUAUAGCCCAGGCUAAUAGCCAUAUUCUAAAAUUUAUCAAAAUGUAUAUGGUUAGUGUUGAUGCAUGAUUAGCCACUCAAAGUGAAAUAGACUAUUAAUCAGUAUUGGUUUUCAGUAUCAACCCUUGAAUAUCAGAACUUUGUUAGAACAUCAGUAAGUUGCCAUCUCACUACAUCAAUACAGUGUUUCAUUUCAUAUGAGCUAUGUGUCCUACUGGACCCAAUUGCCCACAGUCCAUGAUUUUAUCUCUCUUUUACAAUGCUAUUUGAAGUUUACAACAUGAUAUUUUUUAUUCUUACUAUGUUCUAAGUAAAUGUUCACAUGCCAAAAGAUCGGAUUACUCAACUGCAUCAAGGCUAUGGCUUUGUUGAGUUCCUUGGUGAGGAAGAUGCUGACUAUGCAAUAAAAGUUAUGAACAUGAUUAAAGUUUAUGGAAAACCUGUCAGAGUCAACAAGGUUGGUUUAGUACUUGUAUUUAGAUUAGCCUUUAACAUCCAAAAGUCUCCCAGGUUUCCAACUAGUCAUUGAAGGUCCUUGGAUUUAAAAACCAAAAGUUAAGUCUUUGAAUUUGAAUUUGAAAACAAAAAUGCAAGACCUUAGACUUGAAGCUCUUGAAUUUAUAUAGACUGAAGUGCUUGAAAGUCUGUGAAUUUGUCAUGCUUUAGUUUACAGAUAUUUUCUGAAACUUUUGUGACAUUAAAAACGGAUAUGUCUGCAUGUUUCGAUGGUUGUUUUAAUUUCUAGAUUCUAAAACUUGUAAAUAGAACAACAUUUAUUUUUUGUAAAUCAGUGUUGAAAAUCCCUAUUUAGGGAACACAAUAAAGUAUGUAUGUAUGUUGUUGUUGUAGUAGUGACGUCAUCAUAAUGUCAUGUGAUGUAGUGGGAUAAUAGUUUGGUGUUCAUAUGAGAACAGAUAGUAUUGAAGACACUGAACGAGAUUGCUUAUCACUAGAAAUUUACAUUUAUACUGGGAUUUGUUUAUAGUUUGUUCACUUUGUUAUCAGUAUUAUUAAAUUGGUUUCACUAAAGAGUCUCAGUGAGAAUAUUGUAGUUGUCAGAAGGGUAACUCAUUCAAAAAUAUCAAACAUAUUACAGUGCCACAUGAUAUCGUAUUGACAUGAUUUGUGCAUGAUAUUAAUAAUAAUAAUAAUAAAAGCAUUUAUUUAAACACGAUAGUAAAUUUACAGCAUAGCUGAUGUGGUCGUGUACGUGAAACUAACUACAAUAUAUAAACAUAAACUAACUGAAUUAUACAUCUAUCUCUACAUUAUCUAACAGAACAACAAAUUACAUGUCACAUAACUGAGAUACUAUUUUACACAACCAUACAUAUUAACUACUUAAACCUAUGGCGUCACAUUUUAGCACAAUUGUUAUAUUAUAUAUGACUAUCUAAUUUUCAGUUCGUAAUACCAAAACAUAAACUGUUUAGGAAAUAACUACGAAAUACUUUAGACAUGCAAGUAGAAGCUUUAAUUAAGUGCUCUUAGCGAGAUUAACCAGCUUUGAUGUAAGAUAUAUAGCUAUGAUUAAUUUAGCAAUAAAUUUGGCAUUAGCUAGUCAUAUAUUAAUUAUUACUGUCUACAAUUCUUAUAUUGUACUUAAUAUAUACAGUAUGCAGUCUCUGAGUGCCCUCCAGUUAUUUCAUAUCUUUAUUUUAGUUAUGUAAGACAAAAAAAGAAGUAUUCUGUUUCUGGUCAGCUCGCGCGUCAUCUUUGACUAUGUGCAUCAAGUAAAUCUACUGAAAUUUUGACACGAAAGUAAUAUGUUACAGAUUGAAUACUGUACUCAAAGUACUCAAAUGUACUGCAUGUUUUGGCAUGAUUUUUGUGAGAGAAUAAAGCAUAUUCUGGUGAUAUUUCAUGAUUGAUAUAACAACUAGAUAAGAUUUUGCCGUUGUCUGUUCAGUUAUAGAUACACAGUAUGACAUCAUAACGUGGGAAGAACAAAAGAAAGUGGCUCACGAGCCGCCGUAUGAUCAAGCUUGCGAGGUUGCAUUAUGAUGCCAUACUGUGUAUCUAUAAAGAAAACCCCCCAAUUAAACAGGUAAAUAGCUUACUUUUUAUCCACCCAAACAUUUGGAAAUUUGAAAAAGUCGAAUUUUUACAAGGUAGCCAAUGUCAUUAAUUAUGACGUCAUUCCGUGCGUCUGUCCUCUAAUAGAUCAUGGCUCUCGACCAAUGAAAGUGCUUGAAUACUUAACGUUAUUAUAUAAUAUUCUAUAGUAGUUCUCAUUCUAUUCUAUGUAUGGUAGACUUGGUGAAAGUUUACAUUAAGCUUAAAAAAUCAAUGUACAGUAUGUACUUAUAGAAACUAGAAAUGUAUUCGCCAUUUCUGCAAAAAGCACCAGAACGCUGCAAAAAGAGUCAGUUUUGGAAAAACUGACCAGAAACAGAAUACUUUUUUUGGCCUAAUGCUCUUAUAAUCAUAAAUUCAUAAACGGUUCUAAAAUUUUAUCAGGCGUCGUCCCACAACAAGAAUCUGGAUGUUGGUGCAAAUAUAUUCAUUGGCAACUUGGAUCCUGAAAUUGACGAGAAAUUAUUGUACGACACGUUCAGUGCUUUUGGAGUCAUUUUACAAACACCAAAAGUAAGUUGUUUUGUUUGGGUUUAUAUAUGUACUGUAGUUACCAGGAUUGAUAGAUUGGCCAUUUUGAGGCCAGAUAACUCGAUUUUCUUUAUUUUUUGUUUGGCUUCGAAAAAAGUUUAGCCUUUUGGCUUCUUUUUUGCCUCUUCACAGUUUACAAGAAUUUUGUCAACAUUUAUUGAUUAUUUUGAAAUAAAGCAUUGAUUUUUGCAGGUUUGUUCCAUUUUUAUUCAUUGUCAGAAAUAACCUGUUCUAGGCGCCAAUCAGGAUUCAUGAAAUCCAGCCAAUUAAACAGCUGAGUGAGCAUAUCACUGUGUUCGCAGAAGUCCGCAUUUGACUUCUUUUUGGCCUCUUUUGAACAAAAAAUUGUUUGGCCUCUUUUGGUAGAUUUUGGCUACUUUUUGAACGGCAUUUUGGUCCGAGAAUGCGCAAGAACCUGCCAAACCCUGGUAGUCACAUGACUGUAGUGUGUGGUGUACAGUGUUUUAGUAGAAAAUAUUUUCAUUUUCUGUUUUAGAUCAUGAGAGAUCCAGAGACUGGCAACUCGAAAGGUUUUGCUUUCAUAAACUUUGCAAGUUUCGAUGCUGCAGAUGCGGCCAUUGAAGCAAUGAAUGGACAACAUUUGUGCAAUCGUCCGAUCAGUAUUUCUUAUGCUUUCAAGAAAGACUCUAAGGGUGAAAGACAUGGCUCUGCUGCAGGUAAGUACGUAUAAUACUAAAAAAACCCCGUGGCUAUCACUGUUUUCUGCAUGCUUCUUUCGACUAGCUACUAUCACUAAACCUCAGACCACCUCCAAACAACAGACAGCAGAUUUUGGUACCAAGCUGACUGUUCCCACUGUACAUUACAUCUGUCCGAAAAUACGAUUUCGACUACUGGCUUUUUGUACCUUUUGUCUUCUAGAACGUCUGUUGGCUUCCCAGAAUCCUCUGGCGCAAGCAGACAAGCCACAUCAGUUGUUCGCAGAUGCUCCACCUACCCAAAUAAAUGGCUUUGAUCCAGCCAUGAUGAUGGGUGGGGGAGUACCACCUCCUCCCAUCAUGCCGCCACCAGGUAUGUGUUUCGUAAAAUUACAUACACAACUCAACACUUAUUGAUUCUAGUAAUACAUUACGAUUCUAACUGGCCGCCAUAUUCGUUUCCUGAUUCAAUUAAUCAUUAGUUAUUAUACAAAACAGACAUUAACCCAAUUCAAUGUAGCCUGCUCCCAGCCCGAAAUCUCAAAAGCGGAAAAUGCGGUCUGCUAAACUACAAGCGUCAUCGUGUAUAAUGACGUAAGAGACCCAUGCAUUUGCGAUUGAGUUUGAGUUAAUUCUACUGAAUGUCGAUGACCGGAAAGUACAGUACUGAAAUGUAUAAAUAAACCAGGAAAAUUUCAUCAAACUAACCGAAGUACAUACCAAAAUGUUACGAAUAAGCAGACAAGUGCAUAUCUAUUAAGCAUAUGCAUAUCGAUGAUAAGAAGACAAGUGCAUAUCAAUGAAUCUUGAACCAAUUUUAAACGAAAACAACAAAGUCAUAGCAAAAUCCCGAGAUUGAAAUAAAUUAUUCAUGAACGGCUAUACGCGACAAAUCCAAAAGAAUAGAUAAACCACGGAAAGGUCAAUCAAUCUGGGCAAAAUAUAUGCCGAAAUGUUACGCAGACAAUUACAUAUAUUAUUCGAGAAUAAAAAUCACUUACAAUAAUUAAAACAUAUUGUGGAAGAGUAUACAAGCGAGAAAAAAACCUGAUCGUAUAGUGUUGCCAUUACUGUAUACAAUAAACAUUGGGAUUAAUUUACAAAGCAUUAAAUUAACCAGCACUACCUAUUUUCGCGUGAAUGCGAUGUUUGUAUACACGAUUAACGUUCCAGAUCAGCAGACUGAAUUUUGAAACGAAUUCAGGCUGCGAGCAGGCUAAAUUCAAUGUUCAACAUUCUUCAUUUGAUGAGUAAAAUAGAACAAAGUAGAAUGCAUUAGGGCACAUUGUAACUAAAUAGGUCAACACGAGACAAGGCCAGAUUAUUGAACUAAAUAUAACUGCAAGGCUACCUCCAGCUGGAAAUGUAAUGCCAAAGUUUAGAGUCAGUAACCCCAGCGCGAUCAAAUUGUCAUAAAUACAUAACAGUACAUGAAAUAAAAGUUACAAUUGCCGCUGCAUGAGUAAUUCUAGAAAAUGCAAAGUAAUGGACAUUCCGAAAACGGUUAACAUGUAUUCUAUGUUUCGACUGACUUCCAGUCAUCAUCAGAAUGACGGCUGCUAAAGUUCAUAGGAACUUUUCUUCUUUAAUAUCUGUGAAUCUUUGGUAAUGCCAGCUCGCUCCCUCAGAGUGAAAACGACGCCUGACUCCCGCUGUUGCACAUGCGCAGUACUGCUGUUAUGCACAAUUUACUUCCGGUCGGCCACGUCGUGACCUUGCGUCAUCAAAUCUUAAACUCUCUAUAGUGUCGCAUGAAAGUCGCGCGACAUAAACACGCGAGUUUUGCCCAAUCGGGUAGAUAGUCUAUAGUAGAUAGUCUGGUUAACGCAUUAAUGUCCAUAACUUGGUUCUUGAUUAGUAAAAUUGUCUGGCAUUAGACGGAAUAAAGUACGAAGUAGAACGUAUACGCAAUACAAUAUGUUGAAAGCAAAAAUAGGAACGGUUGCGAAAAUGCAACACAUGGUCCUCUGGCAGGAAUCGAAUGUGCAUCCCUGCGAUUCCGCGGUACAGCGCUCUAACCAACUGAACUACAAAGGCCAGUUGUCGAGCUGUAACCGCUAGUUCAUGACUUGUAUACUGUAUACUGAUUUUCUGGUGUGCGGGUAGUGAUAAUGUGUCUUGAAAGAUGUUUUUGCACUUCACUUGGUUGAACUGGAAUGCUGCAUGGGUUUGGCGAAUAAUCCAAGUGACCUAAGCAGGGACCUAACCAAUUGAAGACUUAGCCUGUAUUAAGUGAGUGAGCUCCAUUGUUCUCGUCUAGAUGUGAGACGCGAUGCUUUGUGUGAAAGAAUGAUUAAAAAGGGAACUAAUAGUGAUGGUAACCGGCUGUCUCGUCUUUUACUUCAGACCAGAGAAAACGUGAUUUACGCAAUUUUAACAACUGGUCGUCGCUCAAAUGUAGAACUGACCGUCUUAAGAAAAUCUUAAACCACUAAAAUAUGAUGGCAAUAUAUACCUUAAUUUCUUGCAACUAAAUUUUAAAUUGUUUUAUAACUUUAUAACUUAUCAUAAUGUUAUUAUUGUGAGCACAUUGUAAUUCAAAUUUUGUGAUUAUAAAUUCUAGAAAUGAAGGUUAAUAAAGUCGCUGAUAGAAAAAUGAAAACAAAUUUGUCAAUUUAUCAUCAUUUUUGUUUAUUUUCACUAGGUCUUCCACCACCUGGUAUGAUGCCAGGUCAAAUGCCUCCCCCGGGAUUCCCACCACAAGGUCUCCCACCUCCCGGAAUGCCUCCAGCUCCACCACCUCCCAUGUCUAUGAGAGGACCACCACGUGGUCAGGAAAGAACAGAUCAGGUAAGACGCGCGAAAACGAUAUGCCAUUUAAUAACCUAGUAAUCAGUAAUCUGCGUUGCUGUGUAAAAGAAACAUAUGUCGAGACUGCCGCGCAAGUGACGAAUUGUGUUUUUGUUGUUCUACUCAUGGUCGAAUAAAAGGUAACCCGGGACGUACAUGCAUAAGUGAACUUUAAAACCAAAGAUAGAGAUAUUUUGGAAAUGCUUGCUUAUACGCAAUUUUAAGUCAAUUUUGGUACACGUGCCUCGUUACAAUUGUUUAGGGGUCUCUAAGUUUACGAAAGCAUAUAAUAGAACAAACGUAACUUAGACCAUUCAAAUGCCUAGUUUCUAUAAUUGUUCCUGUUUAUCAAAGCGUAGAAUAAAAACAAAAGUAUAACUUAACAUUAUACUAGAAGUUACUGUCGCAAGGAAAUUGCUGCCUCGAAUGGCACAUGUUAGCAAGGAAACAACUUACUUUACAGUGAAACGGAUAUGUAAAAUCACUUUAAUUAAUAAGGCGCAAAAAUAUGAGAGAAAACUCGGAAAAGUAGGGAGAGACGGAAUUGGAUUUACCCUGCAAGCGCGCCAAAUUUUACCGUCGGUUUUUUCCUACGGAGGUGUGGCUUGCGAGUUGAGAACAACAACAAAUUUUCUCACUAAUUUUUGCAACUAACAUUCAAAAUGCUACAAAUGUCCCAAGUCCGUCUCUCCCUACUUUUCUCCUGAGACGGACUUGAACCAAGUCUAAAGGAGUACAAGACCUGUUUCUUUAAUGUACAAGGGAACAAAACAAGAAUGUCUGUAAAUAACAGGGAAUGGCAACAUUGUAUGCACUUGGAAUUUAAAUGCUUAUAUUAGCCACAUGCCCUGAGUAUAACCUCGUUGACCUCCAUCCAUGAUUCACAAAGCACAAGCAAUUAACAUUUCCUCAAUCUGAGUUAAAUCUUUCAUUUCAUUCUUAUCCCGAGAACAUCGUGAACACACAUAUGGUGCCUUAGGUUUAGAUCAAGCUUCAAAACAUAUGCCAUUAGGAUCAGGCAUCCCAAAACAAUUACGUACAUGAGGGUCAAUCAGAUAGAAACACUCCAUAUGCUUUAUAUAAAAGCAUAUUUAUAUUUAACAAAUGUAUUUGCAAUUGCUAUGUACAUUUUAUAAUAAUGAGAGGGAUUGUCCUCAAUGAUAACAAGCCCCUGCUGUUCUUGUUUGAAAUUAAUUUCACAAAUUACUUCCUCAUUAUUUGUUGACAAAUUACUUCCUCAUUAUUUAUGUUUUCAAACAUUAAGGUUACUCCACAUGAUGGAAACUCAUUUCACCAAAAUGCUCACCGCGCGCUCAAUUUUCAAGUUUUCCCCUUCAAAUUUUGCAUGCAUAAUGAUAAAUCAUUGCUGUAGCUAAAGAUUUGCCAAAAAUUCUACACCUUUAAAAACUGUACUUGCUACGGGUUGCUUUUGAAAAUAUGACGGCCUUUGCGCCACGAGAUUAGAACGCUUCUGAUUUACCUCAAAGGCUUCCGAAACAUAAUAUUUCCCAUCUCAAAUGAUCAAAGAACAAAACCGUGUUCGCGUUUUUUGACAGGUAUUAUAUUUGCUUUGAUAUAAAGCAGAGAAGUUGACUCAUCUAAAUUUUGGGAGAACGGCAGAAUAGAUGCCUAUAACUUGAAAAGUAUGGCACUAAAUAAAAAACGCGAACACGGUUUUGCUGCUGUACUAUUGUUCAACAUUGUGGCAAAGUUUGGAGAGAAUCGGAUAAAACGUGCGCGUUUCUAAACAAUUUUUGUGGGGACAAUCUGAGAAUAUUUCAAUCUCCGUAAAUGACGAUAUUAGGUUUGGCGGGGUUUUUCCGCUCUCUUUUAUCACUUCGAACUGUAAUCGGAUUAAAAUUAGUAAAAGUGUGUUUUGGCAAGGUUUGGUAGAAAAUGCGGGUUGCGGGUAGUUUUUUGCGGGUAGUUUUUUUGCGGGUAGUUUUUUUUGCGGGUAGUUUUUUUUGCGGGUAGUUUUUCACAACUAUAUUUGCUAAUUCAUUGAUAAGUUUCCUUCACAAAAAUAGAUUUAUUUAUACAACCUUUCAUUCAUUACACUUAUUUCCACUACACAAUACAAAAUCCAAAAUAUACAUUAUAAUUAUGAAGCCCCAGUUACACAAUAAUGGAUUUGCUUGUUAGUUUAUAACCUGCGCCGAACAACGAGAACGAACGAAUAUCAUUGAAAUCGCGAAAGCUGAUUGGUUUACAUAUUUAAACAUGUACAAAUAG